UGGCCAUUGGAAUAGUUGACGUAACUGAUAAAGGCAAUUUUAUCUUGUGUACUCACUGAACAUGCUAUCUUUGGGAAUAUUAUUGCAGCGCUGCUGUUACAAGACUGACAUAUCAACCAUUCACAGUUAAUUUAUUCUAUUUUGUAAAAACAAGAAAAAAUACUGAUUGAAUGAGAAGAAGUGCUGCAUAAAAUGGAACGAAGUAACAGAGCGUCUCGGGGCAUGGUGGUGACGCCUCACCAUCUAGCCUCGCAAAGCGCUAUAAACAUCCUUAGAGAAGGUGGAACAGCCAUGGAGGCAACCGUAGCAGCAGCAGCUACCCUUGCAGUGGUAUACCCUCACAUGAACAGCAUUGGUGGUGAUGGUUUCUGGCUCAUAGUCCCUCCUCAUGGUGAACCGGUCGUCAUCGAAGCAUGUGGAGCCGCUGGAAGCUUAGCAACUGAAGAAUACUUCAAAGGAUAUGACGCAGUACCUGUAUCAGGCCCCAAAUCAGCUAUAACAGUAGCUGGUACAGUAGCAGGUUGGCAUGAAGCUUUAAAUUAUGUAACAGAAAACGGAUAUCAAAGAAUCUCAGUUUCAAGACUUCUGACAGAUGCUAUUUAUUAUGCUGAGCAUGGUUUUCCAGUGUCAGUUUCACUUGCCCGUUAUUUGGAAAGAUUUGUUAACACCCAAUCCGUGUCAGACGAUUUUAAAAGUGUAUUUUUACCAGAUGGUAAGCUACCUGAAGUUGGGGACAAAUUUUGCCAGCCAGUAUUGGCUAAGACUUUAAAAAGUUUGGCAAGAAAUUCAUUGACCAGUUUUUACAAAGGUGAAGUGGCAGAUUCUAUAAUUGCUGAUAUGAAACUUCUAGACAUACCAAUCACGAUUGAUGAUUUGAAGAACUAUUCAGCAGUUAGGAAAAAACCUAUAAGUAUAGUGCACGAGUGUGGAGAGAUUUUCAACACAUCUCCACCAACGCAAGGUUUGGUUUCCCUAAGUAUCCUUGGAAUUUUAGAUCGUUUGCGAAUCAAAGGCACUAAUGAAGGGCAAUUCAUACAUGCAACAGUGGAGGCUACAAAGCAAGCAUUUGACUUACGUAAUAAACAUAUCACAGAUCCAAAGUAUAUGGAGGUAGAUUCAGAUUUUUUGUUGGCUUCUUUCAAUAUCGAAUCUAUGGCUAAAAGAAUAAAUCCAGAUCAAGCCAAUCAGAUAUCCAAUGGUAAAGGAUCAGGUGAUACAGUAUGGUUAGGAGUCAUGGAUGACAAAGGAUAUUCGGUUUCAUUUAUACAGAGUGUAUAUCACCCGUUCGGGAGUGGUGUGGUUUUGCCUAGAACUGGAAUAGUAUGGCAUAAUAGAGGUAUAUCGUAUUCAUUGGAUAGAUAUCACAUUUUGUCUUUGAAGCCAGGGAAAAAACCUUUACACACUUUGAACCCAGCUGCUGCAAUUUUAAAUGAUGGUCGAAUUAUGGUUUACGGGACACGUGGUGGUGAUGGUCAACCACAAACACAGGCUGCGGUAUUUCAUAGAUAUGCAGUGCAAGGUUUAGGAUUACAAAAAUCUGUGUCUGCACCUAGAUGGGUUUAUGGCGAAACCUUGAAAAAGGGCGGGGACAAGUUGAGUUUGGAGAACAGAUUUGAUGAAGAAACGAUUAGUUAUUUGAGGGACCGUGGGCACAAAAUUAGAAUGCUUGAGGCUUAUGACGAAAUGGUUGGUCAAGCUGGGGCUUUGGUAAGGCACGCCAAUGGGAUGAUGGAAGGUGCAUUCGAUCCGAGGAGUGAUGGGAGCGCAGCUGGUUUUUAAUUUUAAGACUGA